AUGACUUUGAAAAACUCAACUAUCGGAACGAUGGACAGACAUCAGCAAUCCGUAAGCCCCGCAGGCGAAGAGGGAGGUGGGGUCAGUUCCACGACGCCUUCGUACCGCGUGACGCCUCACAUAGACGCUAGCUGCGAUGCGUCUACGGUUCAUGGCCCGGCGAUGCUCAACGGCCCCUCGACGAUGCCAGGCAUGGAGCCGUCACAUAGCUCGAAACCCCUGCUGAAUGUGAACGGGGCGAAUGGCAUGGUGGGCCCGAACGAGACUCAAGAGCCCUCGACCAUGAUGUUCAAGCUCUUCAACAUGACGAUGACCGAGGAGAGCCAGAAAGCCAAAACGUUCCACCAACAGAUCCACCUGCCCCCCCAGGAAAAGGUUGACAUCAUUGCUGACUCAACAGCGGCAGGCUACGUCGAUGAGAGCAGGUCUUCGAGUAACGAGAGCCUCACUCGACAAAGUCAGACAGCUUCGAGUCAGGGAGCUGGCACCGUUUCCAUGCUGAGUGUUGACAACGAAGAAGCUACAUUGGGUUCGGAGCUUUCGGAACGUCGUUUGGGUCCACUCGAGGAGGAGAACGUGAGAAACCGGGACCUCACCUUCGAGGCUGCUCUGAGAACACUCAUGCAGCAGCAAGCGAACGGCGGCGCUGCUCCCGUCGACGAAGUGCGUACGCUAGCGGCUUCCACUAGCAAUGCGACCAGUCAGAAGACUCGAUUGAACAGUCUGAAUCUCAUUCUUCAACAACACCACUACAAUAAUCGUAAUGUCCCGAGAAGGAAGGUUCUCGCGGGGGGAGCCGGAUACCGACAGAGACAGGUUGCGUUGCAACGGAGUUCGCCUUCUGUCAGCUUGAGACCGCAUAAGGUUCCGCCAGCGAAACAGGCGCAGAGCGCUACGGGUGGAACGUCACGUUCGUCGCUUGUCUAUCAUUUGGCGCAGUCCAGUACCGCUGAGGAAACUAUCAGUCUUUACAACGUGCACCCGAACAAGCUCAAGGGCGGCUUAGAGCUCAAGAUCGUACACCAGCCGGAAGAACAGCAUCGAGCGAGAUAUCUCACGGAAGGAAGCCGUGGGGCCGUGAAAGAUAGAACUGGGAAUGCCUUUCCGACCGUCAAGUUGACCGGAGCAGAUCAAGGAGGUCGACUGCUCGUUUUUAUCGGCACCGAUCAAGGCCGUCCCAUACCGCACAUGUUCUACCAAGCCAGCAAAGUCUGCGGUAAAAACUCCACUCCAUGUGAGGAGUUGCGCAUCGAGGGCACCACGGCCAUACAAAUUGUUGUCCCGCCGCAACCGGUCGGCAGCGCUGGACCUUCAGCGCGGGAAAUCUCAGUGGAUUGUGUGGGGAUCCUCAAGGAACGGAACGUAGACGUUGAGAAGCGUCUUAUCCGAUAUGGACCUCGUGCGUCCAACCAGGCGUUCGCCGAGAACGUCAACGCCAGCAAGAAGAGGAGCACGAAGUGUCGACUGGUAUUUCGUUUUGUCCUAGAGAACGGAGUAACCCUUCAGACUGCUUCCGCUCCGAUACUUUGCACCCAACCACCGGGUGCGCCCGAAGUCAGCAAGAAGUCAUUGUCAGCCGUCUCUUGCGAUUGCGGCCCAUCGGACGCCGAGCUCUUCAUCAUCGGGAAGAACUUCUUGAAAGAUACAAAAGUCAUUUUCCGUGAGGUGAGAGCGAUUGUCCACAGUUAUUCUAUCAUGUAUCUCCGGAAUUGCCUAGGAAUGCGUUGACAAGCAGAAUGAGCUCGGUUGGAUUUCAAUAACUUAUCAUUCCAGGUUGUGGAUGGUCGCAUUUGUUGGCAAAAUAGUGUGAUACCAGAGAAGGAGUUUCUUCAAACCACGCAUCUGAUUUGCCAAGUGCCUCCCUACAUGGAUAGAAAUAUCACUCAACCCGUAGAGGUGGAACUCGUGGUCGCCAGCGGAGGCCGAUUCUCGGACCCAUCCACGUUCGUCUAUUUGCCUCGACAAGCCGAAAAAGCUCAAAUUAUCAAAAUUCAACCGCAACAGCACUCGCCCACUCCUCCGAAUGGUCAAAACAACGGUAAAGCAGAGAAUUUCGAUGCGCCAUCGAAUCCAACCGCAACGACGCUGUUGCCCAAGACACCUCAAGCUUCUUCAGCGAUACUCCAGAUUCCCGUUCUCUCAGGAGCCUCCACGUCCACGUCGGUCUCACCGGCCGCCUCGGCCCCCAGCUCGCAACCGACGAUACAAUUCGUCGUGGUUCCCACAGCCAGCCAAGCCCAGGCGGUCCUGAACCUGAUUGCAAGCAAUACGACCGGUCAUGCAGCUGUUCAAAAUCCUGUGAAUGCGGCCGCCCCCCAAGCCUCGCAGAACCAGGAUCAAGCCGGCAAGAGUUUCGAGAACUUCAAUCAGAAUUCCGCGGAAACCCUAAUCGGAUCCGACAAUGGAAUCAAACGAAAAAUCUCCGACCAUGAUCUCAAGCCACCAGACAAGAGAAUUCCGGAAUUCUUGCCGGAGCCAGUAGUCACUGUGUUAGAGGACCAGAUGCUCACAACCACCAGCCCUCUGCAGACCGGAGUGCCUCAAAAACCAACACAGAACACCAUGUCUCCCCCGAAUCCCGCCUCGAACUGGAACGGGCAACAAACUCAGAACAACGCAGAUGUCCAGGUCGUCUGGGCUGACACGAAACAGCCGAUGUCUGCGACCGACCAAGCCGCCAUACAGCAUAUCGCUACUUCGUUGGCCGCAAGUGCCCAGAACAUGGAAGAUGCCACUGACGACGUUCUGAUGAAGAAGCAGAAACCGAACGGAGUUUUCGGCAACUCCAUCAUGCAGCAGCCCCAGCAGUCUUUUGCACCUGUCAUGGCUCAAAGCCAGAGCUCACCUGAGGGCUCGUGCUUCAGUACUGACCAAAGCUUCGGUCAACAGAGUCAAAUCGGGAACUCACCGAUGCAGACCCAGUUCCCGCAGUUCGCGCGGAUGCCCUCGACGCCAGUCGCAUCCGCUCAAAAUAAGGCGCCAGUCGGCUCGGCGUUUUCGCCGCAGGACACGUCCAGUUCGCCCCACAGUCAGUUCUCGAAUAGCUCGCUGGGAAACGGGAGCUUCCAAAAUGUCCAACCGCAGAGCUCCCCGUUUGCCCCGAGCAACGGUCUGGCCUCGUCCCCCGGAGAGUCUUCGCUGGCGAUGACACCGCAGUCGACGCAACAGACGACCCAGACCCAAGUCAAUCAGCAAGCUACAUCUCAACAGAACUCGUUCGAUAAUGUCUUCAGUCGAAUCGCGGUCGCAGCCGCGGUCAACAAUCAAUUCGGCACGUCAACCGUCACGCCAAUGGAUUGCCAGUGCGCUGCAUCGAACGCCGAAGUCCCAAUGAACGUAGAUUCGCCGAAUGGCGCGCUUUCUGCAACGUCCACCGCGAACCAGCAAUUCGUUCAGCAGGUCGCUCCGAUUACGUCGACUCAGACCAUGAUAACGUCCUCGGGGGAACUCAUAACACAGAGCGUGCCUUGCGCAGGACAAAUGGUCACGCAAUCCGUGCAGGUGACGUCUCCUGUUCAGGCCGCUCAGAUGGUCGCUUCGCCGCAAUCGAUCGCAGCUUCUCCGAACCAAAUCAGUCAGUUGGAGGGUGUUUCGCCCUCGAAUCAAAUGGGGGGCAUGGCUCAACCCGUACUUAACGGCGCCAAUCUUCUCGAGAGCCAUUCCACGAGCCAAAAUUUUGGAAUGCAGCAGCAGCAGCAACAGCAGAGCACACGCAACACGUCGCAGCAGAACACCCUUCCAGCUCACCAAAACGGUUUGGCUGAAAGCGCAGCCUUCGGUCAGCACGCAUUCACCAACAUGACUCCUCCACCGUUGAAUCUGACUCCGAGUCAGAAGAUGGACCUUCAACAUUUCGUCGUGCCGACAAAUCCGACUGCGGAGUCGCAGUCAGUCAGCAAUGUCGCUUUGGCCAACCAACUUCUCGCCUCCAAUGGAAUCUCUUUCCCACGGACGGUGAGCUCUCAGUCGCCGAGCGCUGUUCCCGGCUUCGCUCAGCAGGUCGUCGAUCAAAUGUCCCAACAGCAUAAGGACCGAGGCCAUAUGAACAUGGACACUUCGAUGGGUCUCGAGAAAUCUCAAACAAACGGCGCCAUGAACCAGGCGAUCCAGGCAAGCAUCCAGCAGAACCACGUGGCUCCGAAAAUCAUUGCGCAAAAUCAACAGCAGCAGGUGUUAAAUCAACAGAUGGAAUGUCAGCUGCAGUCCAUGUCCAUGUUGCCCGAGAACGAGUUGAUUCGGAUCAUUAACCCCGACAGUUUCGUCGAGCGAUCCCAAAACCAACAGAACUCGUCGCUCCAAGCGAUGCAGCAGGGCUCAACAGGACCGCCGAUGUUCUGA